AUGACAACAACUGAACGCAGAAAGUUACAAGAUCUUAGAGUAUGUCGAGUUUUCUUUUCUUCUCCCUUUGGUGGAAUGGAGGUUGAAAGAGAGAUUUUAACCAGAAAAUAUUUUCCACAAAUCCAUCAUCUGUGUAAUUCACACGGUGUCCAAUUUGUACCAGUUGAUAUGAGAUGGGGUAUCACUAAGGAAGCAGGAGAAAAUGCUCAAGUUAUUAAUAUUUGUUUAAGAGAGCUAGAUAGAUCAGAUAUGUUUGUUGGAUUCUUUGGUCAAAGAUAUGGUUGGCAUGGGAAAGAAGAUAAGUUAUUACAACAGAACUUUGAUAAUGCCAUGGGUAGAUAUCCCUGGAUUGAUGAAUACAGACAUCAUAGUGUGACUGCGGUAGAAUUUAUGCAUGGUCAUUUGAAUAAUCCAGGACUACAUCCUGCUUGUUUUGCUUUUAGAAAUAAGGAUUAUGAUGAUAAAUUGAAAGAAGAAGGACUAAAGAGAGAUGAUAAAGUUCAAGUGUAUAAAUACUCUAGUGAAAGUGACUACGCUAAUAAAAUGUUGGAGGGUUUAAAACAGGACAUCAUUAAAUCAAAAGACAAGCUACUUGGUGUCCAUGUGGAUUAUAAUGACCCAGAAGAGGGAGCUAGGUUAUUAUUUGAGACUAUAUGGAAGUAUAUGACUAAAGAAUUACUGGUCAGAGAUGAAGAACUUACAGAAAGUAUGAGACAAUUAGCUGAACAUAAUGCCUACCUAUCAGCCAGAACAUCUAUAUAUCUACAGGGAGAUGAAUAUAUAAUUAGAUUGGAUGACGCCUUAAAUUCAAAUGAUGCUCCACCAUUUAUUGUGUUAGGAGAAGUUGGUAGUGGUAAAUCUGCCUUGCUGAGUAAUUGGAUUAAUAACCAUAAAUCUGAUGAUAAUGAUAAUGUUAUAUGGUUAUAUCAUUUUGUUGGGGCAGCUUCCGGUAGCACAGCCCCUAAACAGAUUUUAUCUCGUAUUGUAAAUGAUUUAAAAUCAGUUAUUGAAGGAGAAAAAGAAAAAAUAAACAAACCAGGUGAUAAAGAAAACCAGCCAGAAGAUGAAGGUGAUGGUGUAUGGAAAAUGUUAGAAAAACUGAAUUUAUUAUUAAGAAAGGCAACGCAUUCAGAGAAGAAAGUUGUCAUUGUUAUUGAUGGAUUAAAUAAAAUUCAGCAAGCUAAGAAAAUUAUGAAAGCAUAUUACUGGGUUCCAAAACCAAAGGAUUUACCCCAAGGCGUAUUUAUGGUAGUUUCUACCACAUCCAAUGAUCAGGCAGCACAUGAUGUUUUUGUUGUACAGGAAAAGUUCCAUGUUUUAAAAAUCCAACCUUUAGAAGAAGAAACUAAGAAAGAAUUGUGUGUGAAAUCGUUAAAAGAGAGUGGUAAAGAGUUAUCCCCCCAUCAGUUACAGAAGAUACUAGAUGCUAGACUAACUAAUAAUCCGUUAUAUUUGAUGAUUGUUUUAUGGGAACUGUCAGUGUUUGGUUCAUUCCGUUUGUUGGAUAGUAAAUUAGAUUCUCUGUUGCAAGCUGAGAGUGUAUCAGGACUAUUUGUAAAAUAUCUAGAAAGAUUAGAAGAAGAUUAUAAUACUGAUGAAACGGGUGAUCAGUUUGUGCAACAGGUGAUGUCAGGUAUGAUUCUGUCUAACAAGGGAAUAUCAGAGAAUGAAAUUCAAGCCGUAUUCAACAUAACAUCACAUGGUUGGUCUCCUUUAAACUUUGCCUUAGAAAAAUUUACCAUCAGCCAUUUUGGUUUACUCAAACUGGGAUUCAUUGAACUACACCAGGCAGUAGAGAAAAGAUAUCUAAAUAAUAACCCCAGUUUUAAAAAGAUGAUGUGUGAAAAGUUGAUGAAAUAUUUUGAAGAAAGAAGAAAGGAACUUGGCUCACUAGGUCAGGCUAAUCUAAGGGGUAACAGUGCCUUAGAUAGAAUAGCCAAUGAAUUACCUUAUCUACAGAAAUUAUUAGAUGAUAAAACAGGAUUAUUACGUACAAUUGUUGAUAUACAUAUCUUUCAUAAUAUUAUUAGACAAGAGCGAUAUGAAUUACUAGACUUGGUUUAUUUUACUGGAUUUAAAUUAGAUAAAAUUGCUUGUGAAUUUCUGAAAUCAUUUGAUCAACAUAUAGCCAAUGUUUAUAUAAGAAGAUUAGAAACUGAAAAAGAAUGGACCAAAUCACCCGGAGAAGCUUGUAUGUACAAUCUACGUAAUAUGGGAAUAGUGAUGGAGUUAGCUGGUAAUUUUAAAGGAUAUGAAAUAAUAUCAUUAAGAACUAUUCAGUUACUUGAGAAUUUAGAAGGUAAAAUGGAUGAAGUAAAAAGAUCAACAGAGUUAAUGGAGGCUAGAUAUUAUAUGGCUUGUAAUUACGCUGAUGCCGAGAAAUACACCGAAGCUGUCGAUUUACAUAAUAAAGUUAUUGAUUUUCUCACCAAAAUAAGUAAGGAAAAAACCUUAACCAAAGAUCAGCGGCAAGUUUUAGCAUUUGCUACACAUGGCAUUGGUGUGGUUUAUUUGAAGAAAAAGGAUUUAGAGCCUUGUCGGAAAUAUUUAGAAGAUUCUGUUAAAAUUCAUGAAGAGAAUGAUGAUGAGAAUAAAAAACGUCACAUAGCAGAAGCUAACAUUAAUAUUGGUCUAGUUGAUCUUUACUCUAGAAAUUAUGAUGCUGCUAUUGAAAAAUUUCAGUCUUCUUUAAAGGCAUAUGAAGAAAUAUAUUUUGGUCAACAACCCCAUGAAUUAGGUAAUUUAUACACAAACAUUGGACUAGCUUACAGAAGAAAAUCUGAUUAUGAUAUGGCAGAACAGAUGUAUAGAAAGUCUUUGGUAAUCAAGGCUAAUGCUGUAGGUUGGGACAAUCCAGUAAUAGCUGUAACUUACAUGAAUCUUGGUACAUUACAAAUGUUCAGGAAGGAUUAUGAGAAAGCAAGAGAAUAUAAUCAGAAGUGUAUUGAUGUUAUAGAGAAAAAUCACCGUAGUGAGGAAGAUAUGUAUUAUAGAAUGGCUCUGGAGAAUAUUGUUCAGUCGUAUGUCAAGGAAGAAAGAUUUCAUGACGCUCUUCCAGUCUACAGACGCAUGUUUGAUAUACUGGUGAGGUUAAAUCAGAUGAACAACUGUCUACCAGGAGCUCAUCGUGCCAUGAUCAAAUAUCUCAUACAGAAAGGAGAGCUAACUGAGGCUGAAGAAAAAACUAUAGAGUUUUUAAAGAGUAGUAAAAGUAAACCAGAUGAUGUUCUAUUGUUACACAGUAUAGAUAUUGAGAAGCCUUCAGAUCAACGUCCAAAGCGUCCCUACAAAAUGACUCUUCAAUAUGCUCUUGAUCAAAAACCAGAUAAUGUUUUAGUUCGAGAAGCCUUCCUUCAGAGAGACUGUCUAAAUAAUGACAAAAUUAUUGAUGAAAAUUUAAUCAACUUAUUUGAGACCCAUAAAUCGGAUGAAAAGUGGAAAAAAGUUAUUUAUGAGUUUGUACUUGAACACGAUAGAGAGGAUCUGUUUUCUAAAUUGGAGAAAAUGGAAGGAAAAGAAAAAGAAGCUGAAAAUCCUGAAUCCAUGAAUAUAACAAUUUGAUAAUAUUGGAAUUAACUUAUUCUCUGCUCAAUUUAAUGAUCUUGUUAGGAAGAGAAUUUCUGAGAUGUAUUUUCAUUUUGUUUGAUUUGAACAUUAUUUAUAUAGCAUCUAAUUUGUUCUAUUACAAUGACUCAAUCUUUUUUUUAUGUAAAAUUUAAAACAUACAGGGUAAUAUUGCUUAUUGAGUAUUAUGAAAUUAAUUAAGAAAAUUGCAUGAAAAUGUCAAAUUUUAAAUUAUCUAGAAAUAUUUCUUGAGUCUCAGAUGUAAUUUCUAUUUAUUAGUACUAUUAGAAGAAGCAAACCUCUUUAUCAGUAUGUGCGGCUAUGUAGGGUGUAAGAAUCCUAUGGUAUUAUAAGUCUUUGAGUACUUUGGGGCAUAUUAUUGGUAUAAAUUGUUUAAUAUCAUUUUUAAAUAAUUGUUUAACCUAAUAUCUAUUUAAUCAUUAUAUUAUAAGAUUUUAUAUUCAUCAUAUUUCCGUCCAAAGAGUUUCAACAUAUUGGCAUAUUUUGUAUUUUGAUGCUGGUUCAGUAUCGUCCAUGAAUACUAUAUCAAUUUUUUUUUUCUGUUGAAAAUGCUAAAGCUUUAAUUAUUUUGAAAAUUACUCAUUAUGAAGCCUAUUUACAUUUUUUAAGAACUAUUUAUAUGUUUAUAUUUAAUUUCUGUGAUCUUAUUGUGAAUUUUACACAAACUUAUGUUAUUGUUAACAAUGCCUUAAACACAUAAGUAUAUAGUUCAUUAUUUUUAUGAAGAUAUACAAAAGGUAUAUAUAUUUAUUUUCAUGACAUAUUUCAGUCAACAAGGCAUCUUUAUUUCUUUUUUUAAUAUUUAUAAAAAGGUGUUUGUUACUCUGUUUUAAAAAGGGCAUAAUUGUUUAUCUUAUACAGGGUAUUUCAUUUCAUCAUCAUGAAAGUAAAAGUUUUCUAGAAGAAAACAUCUGCCAGUCAUCAGCCAUCAUUGUACUUUUUUUUUUAAAUACAAGUUCUGUACGCGUAGAUAUUAUUGAUAAUGAUGGUUCACAAUUUGCAAUUUAAACUCAGGAUUUUAUUGAAUAAUUUAUCCUUAUCUGUGAUAUUAUAUUUAUAGUACAUCAUGGUCCUAUUUAAAACAUAAACAGUCCUUAGUAUAAAAGUGCGGGCACACAAGCUGUCUUGGUCAGAGACUUUUGCUGCCGAUUAGAGUUUCAACGACUGGCACGGGCACACGGAGACAAAAAUCUCCAGUCGGUCGUUUUCCACCUAGUCAAUAAUCACAUGCGGGGCAUGCAAUUGAAAGAAAAAUGAAUCUAAUUGGAUGAUGACGGCCUGUCUUGCAGACGAUAAAACUAUUGGAGACAAUUAUCAAACUGGUUUGAUAUUAUAAAUCCUGUCGGCGACACAAUAAUCUUGUUGUGGAAGCACAGGCACUCAAGAUUUGAGCCUGAGACAAAAAUCACUUACCAAGACUGCUCGUGUGCCCAAACCUUUAGUAUAAUUACAAUGAAUAUUUGAUUUAUUUAGUGUCAAAUAAGGUCCUGUGUUUAUGUUUUGAAUCAGGUCGGGAUGUGCUAGAUUUUCUUUGCUCAUUUGUGCCACAUCUAGGACUAUUUCAAGUAGCAGUCCAUUUUGUUUUGAGGUAGCAUAAAUAGCAAUUCGAAUCAAUACAUGCCAGGCUUAUGUUGUAUUCAUAGUUUUACAAACUAAAAUGAAAGUGGACUGUUUAUUUGAUUGAAAUUGUCCCUGGGGAAUCACGACAGUGAUAUUAUACAGUAGUUUUUUAUGUUUUUAUCAAAGUAAUAUUAAUAUUUGUUUAGCUUUUUGGUUGUAUCUUGUUUGUUUCAUUAUAUAUUUAUUUUAUUAUUUCUCGAGUGGUUUUUAUUUUAAUUUGUUAAAUUGUAUCAUUUUUCUACACAACUGUGAUCUUGCACAUAUUUUUUCUAUAAAAGAAAAUUGUAUAACUUUUUGGUGUUAUAAAUGUCAUAGAGUUUCCAGUUCACUAUGAAGACACUGUGUGUAACAAUUAUUGACAUUUUAAAAAGAUUAUUGACAUAACAGUAAUUAUGAAAUUUGGACAAUCUCAUUAAAAUAAGACCAAACUUUUGUUCUGUUAUUUAUUAGCUUUUAUUUUUAAAAUAGCCACCUCAGUCAGGGUCCAAAGACAGCCUUCUUGAACAUUGGUUUAUUUGACACUGCCAGCCAAUCAAAUUCCUGCCUGUCACAAAAUCACAGCAUUGGAGAUGGCAGGAAUUUGAUUGACUGGCGGUAUAAUCAAGACGGUCUAACUGAAAUAGUUAAAUUAAAAAUAAUAGUCUAAUUUGAAUUUGAAUGAAAUUUUUUUCACAAUUUAUAUUUGUCCGAAUGCUAGAUGUGACAGAAAAUUUAAAGAUUUGUGGUAAUUUGUGUUUGUAUUUCUGUUUAAUAAAUUAUGGAUCAUGUAC